AUGCUGGAGUUUCCAAUAUCAGUUCUCCUAGGCUGCCUAGUGGCCGCCAGGGCACAAACCACGUUUCCAAACUUCGAGAGCGAUGUUCUGAACGAACAUAACAAGUUCAGAGCUUUGCACGUUGACACGGCGCCCCUCACCUGGUCCGAUACUCUGGCCACUUAUGCGCAGGACUAUGCUGAUCAAUAUGAUUGCUCAGGCGUCUUAACGCACUCUGAUGGGCCAUAUGGAGAAAACCUUGCCCUUGGCUACACUGACACGGGAGCCGUGGACGCCUGGUACGGGGAGAUAAGUAAGUACAACUAUUCAAAUCCCGGGUUUUCAGAAUCCACGGGUCACUUCACACAGGUGGUUUGGAAAUCUACCGCCGAGAUUGGAUGUGGUUAUAAGUAUUGUGGUACGACAUGGAACAACUAUAUAGUGUGCUCCUACAACCCUCCUGGAAACUACUUGGGCGAGUUUGCAGAGGAGGUGGAACCGCUUAUAAGUGCUGUUUCUUCGUAUUCGUCCUCAUCUUCGUCCUCAUCUUCGUCUACUUCAAGUACAUCACACACGGUCUCUACGGUCUCGUCCAGUAUUAUGCCCGCUGUAGCGCAGGGAUAUACAACUACGAUAUCGUCUGGAACCACUAGCUCUUCAACAUCGACCACAAUAAAUCCUGCUAAGACCGCUGGCCACACUGCGUCCUCCGUUGUCUCGUCAGCUUCAACUUCCUCGAGCAGAUCCGUCACUACUCUUGGUGCUACUUCCUCUAGUACUACUACUUCAAGCAAUCCUACCUCUUCCAGCGCUACCUCAAGCAAUCCCACCUCUUCCAGCGCUACCUCAAGCAAUCCCACCUCUUCCAGCGCUACCUCAAGCAAUCCCACCUCUUCCAGCGCUACCUCAAGCAAUCCUACCUCUUCCAGCGCUACCUCAAGCAAUCCCACCUCUUCCAGCGCUACCCCAAGCGAAGCUGCUUCUUCUAGUAGUACAUCCUCUAGUUCAACCUCAAGCGAUACUCCCUCUUCCAUCUCUACUUCUUCCGAUACAACCUCCAGCAUUGCUUCCGCUUCUUCUAGCAGUGCCACCUCAAGCACUACAUCUAUAGUUGCCGGAUCUUUAAGUGGUACUUCUAGUACUCCCGCUAAGAGUUCCGGAAGGGUCGCUUCUAGUUCAGCUAACUCCGUUAGGUUUGCGAACACAACUAUGUAUUCUGCUGAAACAACCUCUUCUGUGGAUGCCUCGUUAUCAUCUUCAGUGAGCGCUGACGCUAUUCUUAUGAGCACUUCAAAGAAGGCCACAAGCUCAGCUUCCAAAUCUACAAGCAUAGUAACCAGUGCAACUAAUGCUGCCCAAUACGCAACCAGAUCAGGGUCAUCAUCCGGAACUUCUUCUCAGGCCAUUACUUCUUCCCCAGGCGUGUCACACACUUCUGCGAAAACCACCAUAGCCGUCAACGCUGCCGAAUCUGUAACUUCAGUUAGUUCCCUGGCCCAGACCAUCAAGUACACCACCACCACUUCCAUGGCCUCCUCGGAAGCCAUCACUUCGGAAACUGUUCAGGCUUCAAGUUCGGCAAAGAAUGACAAUAGUAUCAAUGAUGCCACAUCCAGUCGCACCAACUCUAACAGUGCUUCCGUGUUGGCAUCCAGUGUAACAUACGCUGCCGAAGAUGCCAUCAAAUCCGAGUCUUCGUCUGCUUCCACUGCUUCCUCCAUAUCUGUGUCUGCUACCAAUUCCUCUAGUAUCUCUGAGACCGCUAGUUUAGAAACUUCGAGCGCUGCAACCUCCACAGCCAUUACCAGGAGUACUACAACCGUGGCCACUUCUGCUUACAACUCUACAAGCUCAACCGCCACGGUAACAACGGAUCAUACGUUGGAUCCCACCCAAAACUCUGUCAGUUCGGCCGACACUGCUAAGCACCCCACCACCAGUGUUUCUACCCCAAGAAACACCACACUGAUUGUCUCUACCAGCACUUCCGAGAGCGAUUACUCAGAUAAAACCCACCUCACCGUCUCCACUAUCACCACUACUGAAAGCAAUCUGAUCACGAACACCAUUACAGCUUCUUGUAGUACGGAUAGUAAAAUCACCAUUUCCACCGCUUCCACUGCAGAUGAGAUGGUAAUUACUAGCACAAUCACGGCACCUUGUAGCACUUUGAACGGCGCCACAACCCAAACCAAUGAGGUAACCACAUCGCCUUCAAAGACGAAUACGGCAGUUCAAACUACCACUAAUUAUUUAGAAAACGAUGACACUGCCUUUUCUAGUAUCUACACUGAUGUGAACGCCGCAACUACCAUUAACCCCGGAGAAACAUCUUCUCCUGCUAACGGUCUCACCACAUCUGAAAAGCCAAACGAACCUGCCUCUGUAAAAUUCACUGCAAACGAAGACGGCGCUUCCGCAUCCACCACCUACCAACAGACUCCUGCUACAUCGUAUGCCAAGCCCUCCAGUAAAAGCUUAGGUACAAGAACAACUACUAGUAGCAACGGUCGUUCAACUACCGGCCAACAAAAGGGGUCCGCCACGCAUCAGCCAACUUCCUCGAUCUACACUCAACUAAAACAGGGCACAUCAACUACCGCACAACUGUCUGCAUACGAAGGCGCUGCAGCACCCCCUUCUAUUUUCCAGUGCAACACACUACCUGGAACGAUUGCCGCUUUCGUCGUAGCUGUUCUGUUCGCCUUCUAG